AUGUCUGAUGGAGACUAUGAUUACCUCAUCAAGUUUUUAGCUUUGGGAGAUUCUGGAGUCGGGAAGACCAGUGUACUUUACCAGUACACAGAUGGUAAAUUCAACUCCAAGUUUAUUACAACAGUGGGUAUCGAUUUCAGGGAAAAGAGAGUGGUAUACAGAGCCCAUGGGCCGGAUGGAGCCGUUGGCAGAGGCCAGAGAAUCCACCUGCAGUUAUGGGACACAGCAGGGCAGGAGAGGUUUCGGAGCUUGACAACAGCAUUCUUCAGAGAUGCUAUGGGGUUUCUUCUGCUUUUUGAUCUGACAAAUGAACAAAGUUUCCUCAAUGUCAGGAACUGGAUAAGCCAGCUACAAAUGCAUGCAUAUUGUGAAAACCCGGACAUAGUGUUAUGUGGGAAUAAGAGUGAUCUGGAAGACCAACGAGCAGUGAAAGAGGAGGAGGCCAGAGGACUUGCAGAGAAAUAUGGAAUCCCCUACUUUGAAACGAGCGCUGCCAACGGGACCAACAUAAGCGAGGCCAUCGAGACGCUCCUGGACCUGAUCAUGAAGCGGAUGGAGCGGUGUGUGGACAAGUCCUGGAUCCCUGAAGGGGUGGUGCGGCCCAAUGGGCACCCCUCUGCAGACCAGCUGAGUGAAGGAAAGCCCAAGGGGGCGUGUGGCUGUUGA